CUAGGAGGCGGCGGCGGCCGGAGCUGGAGGGGGAGGAGGGGAGGAACCCGAUCUCUCCGGUAGCGAAGGGCUGGAGGCAAACACCGAGCUCCCCCAGAGUCGCCCGGGAGCAGGGAGGGCUCCGCUACCUCGGGGGCCCUCCCCGCGGGGCAGAUGAGCUCAAUAUCCAAACGCUUUGAGCUGUGUUUUGAGACCAUCCUCCUGAAUUUUCAUAAAUCUUUGGAUCUGUAGCCCACUCCACACUUGGCAACAUGGGGAUUGGAACAAGGUUAUGGGAGCCUGAGGGCUUUUAAACUAGAAGUUGGCUUCUUAGCUUAAUCACUGACUCCUGACCAAGAGAUAAAGUAUGGUGUGGCAGAGAUAAUCCAGUAGUUAUGCAAAGAGACUUUCACAGACCCACCACUAUGCCACCAAGGUAUAUCCAACGUGCUGAGGGUGCAGAGGUGAAUUAGAGGAUGCUCUGUUAGUGGGGGAGAUGGACAGGAGUGCCAAGAUGACUCAGUUAGGGAAGAAAAGUCCAACAACAUACUGGAUCAACAAAAUAUCAGUGGGAAAAAAUGCACAGACGCUCCGAAGUAACUCAAGAUGAACCACUGACCUAAAUAUGAGGAACAUUUUAGUGGAUAAACCAAAUGACCAGUCUUCCAGGUGGUCUUCAGAGAGCAACUAUCCACCUCAGUACUUGAUUCUGAAGCUUGAAAGACCUGCUAUAGUUCAAAAUAUUACAUUUGGGAAAUAUGAGAAAACACAUGUCUGCAAUUUAAAGAAAUUCAAAGUUUUUGGUGGAAUGAAUGAAGAAAAUAUGACAGAACUAUUGUCUAGUGGAUUAAAGAAUGAUUACAACAAAGAAACAUUCACCUUGAAGCAUAAAAUUGACGAGCAGAUGUUUCCUUGUCGAUUCAUUAAAAUUGUCCCACUGUUGUCCUGGGGACCCAGCUUUAAUUUCAGCAUCUGGUACGUUGAAUUGAGCGGCAUCGAUGAUCCUGAUGUAGUACAGCCCUGUCUCAACUGGUAUAGCAAGUACCGUGAACAGGAAGCCAUUCGCCUUUGCCUAAAACACUUCAGGCAACACAACUAUACAGAGGCCUUUGAAUCACUACAAAAGAAAACCAAGAUAGCUCUGGAACAUCCUAUGUUAACAGAUUUGCAUGAUAAACUGGUGUUGAAGGGUGAUUUUGAUGCUUGUGAAGAGUUGAUCGAAAAGGCUGUAAAUGAUGGCUUAUUCAAUCAGUAUAUCAGUCAACAGGAAUACAAGCCACGGUGGAGUCAGAUCAUUCCCAAAAGUACCAAAGGUGAUGGAGAAGAUAACCGGCCAGGAAUGAGAGGGGGCCAUCAAAUGGUUAUUGAUGUUCAAACAGAGACCGUUUAUUUGUUUGGUGGCUGGGAUGGAACACAAGAUCUUGCAGACUUCUGGGCAUACAGCGUGAAGGAAAACCAAUGGACAUGUAUCUCUAGAGACACUGAGAAAGAGAAUGGACCUAGUGCUAGGUCAUGCCAUAAAAUGUGUAUUGACAUUCAGCGGAGGCAAAUAUACACUUUGGGGCGUUACUUGGAUUCCUCUGUGAGGAACAGCAAAUCCCUGAAAAGUGACUUCUAUCGUUAUGACAUUGACACAAACACAUGGAUGUUAUUGAGUGAAGAUACUGCUGCCGAUGGAGGACCAAAAUUGGUGUUUGAUCAUCAGAUGUGUAUGGACUCAGAAAAACAUAUGAUCUACACCUUUGGUGGUAGAAUUUUGACAUGUAAUGGCAGCGUAGACGACAGCAGAGCCAGUGAACCGCAGUUCAGCGGGUUGUUUGCUUUCAACUGUCACUGUCAAACCUGGAAGCUUCUUCGAGAGGACUCCUGUAAUGCUGGGCCUGAGGACAUCCAGUCUCGGAUAGGACACUGCAUGCUAUUCCACUCAAAAAAUCGUUGCUUGUAUGUAUUUGGUGGCCAGCGAUCGAAGACCUAUUUGAAUGAUUUCUUUAGUUAUGAUGUGGACUCUGAUCAUGUAGACAUAAUAUCAGAUGGCACCAAGAAAGACUCUGGAAUGGUUCCAAUGACAGGAUUCACUCAGAGAGCAACCAUUGAUCCAGAACUGAAUGAAAUACAUGUCUUAUCUGGGCUCAGCAAGGACAAGGAAAAACGGGAAGAGAAUGUUAGAAAUUCAUUCUGGAUUUAUGACAUUGUGAGGAAUAGUUGGUCUUGUGUCUAUAAGAAUGAUCAAGCUGCAAAGGAUAAUCCGAGUAAAAGUCUUCAAGAGGAAGAACCAUGCCCAAGAUUUGCCCAUCAGCUUGUAUAUGAUGAGUUACACAAGGUUCAUUAUUUAUUUGGUGGGAAUCCAGGAAAAUCAUGCUCUCCAAAGAUGAGAUUAGAUGAUUUCUGGUCACUGAAGUUGUGUAGGCCUUCAAAAGAUUAUUUACUGAGACAUUGCAAGUAUCUCAUCAGAAAACACAGGUUUGAAGAAAAGGCCCAAAUGGAUCCCCUUAGUGCUCUGAAAUAUUUACAAAAUGAUCUUUAUAUAACUGUGGAUCAUUCAGACCCAGAAGAGACAAAAGAGUUUCAACUUCUAGCUUCAGCUCUUUUCAAAUCCAGUUCAGAUUUUACAGCUCUAGGCUUUUCAGAUGUGGAUCACACCUAUGCCCAAAGAACUCAGCUCUUUGACACCUUAGUAAAUUUCUUUCCCGACAGCAUGACUCCUCCCAAAGGCAACCUGGUAGACCUCAUCACACUGUGACUCAAGAGUCCCUGGACAGAAGUGAAGGACAGGAGUCUGCAUUCAGUAUUUUGGAUUUCAACUCGUUUGGCCCGUGCUUAGGCUGCGGUGAUUGAGGACUGCACCCGGGUUUCCAAGGGAUCUUUCACGACAUGUCACAAGUUUUGUGUCUCUUCCUGACCUCAGCCACGUUCUCCUUCCCCCAUUCCUAAAUUAGGUUAAUAAAAUGAAAUUGGUAUACUUUCCAGUUAAAUACAUAUAUAUUUUUCUUACUUUAAAGAAGUGAUGGGUAUGAAAACAAUCAGGUAGUUCAUCCUUCUCUAGUUUUUGUUUCUUUCUUUUUUUAAAUUGGGUCAAGUAGGGACUAUUAAUAGACUCUGUGCUGUAAGAAUUGGGAUUUUUGUUAUUGGGUUUGUUAGGCUUGUCUUCUUUCUCUUCCCUUCCCACUUCUCUCUACCUUUCAUCAUGCAAUUGCUUGUAAGUGGUGUCUGUUGCUUACCUCUUCAUUCUUAACACUAUAUAUAUAUAUAGUUCUGUACAACAAUUGAUAGUAAGGAUAUAUACACAUUUUUAUAAGUAUAUAUAAUAUGUGUGUGUGUAUAUAUACAUAUACUCAUAUAUAUAUAUAUAUAUAUGUUGACUACAGUCUUGUAUUACAUUAACUGAUAGGAACAGAGGGCUCAAAUUUGUGCUCCUUGGAACUAAAGCAGUGAAGGCCAAGAUUGAUCCAGGCACUUAUCUGAGAUUGAUAUAUAGUAUUUCUAUAAUGAUAUAUUUUAUAGUGAAUAUUACAAUAGCUUUGAGUCACAGAAACCUUAAGCUGAAGAAAAUAUAAAUUCAGAACUUUUAAGAGCCAUUGUAAUAACUGCCAGCAGGAGGAUUCUGUACAUUAAUUCUCUUCAUUGACAUCUCUGGAAGAAUUCUGGAAGAAAAUGACUCCUCUGGUAGAGCCGUGCAGAACCCAGGCUUCCAUUUCUCUCUUGUGCUAUCUCUUUGUAGCAUUUUCAUCCAAGAGGAUGGGGUUUCCAGAGAUACACUUUUGUUUAUUCCCGUACACACUUGCUCCUCCCAUCUGCUUCUAUGUACCGAUAGUGUAAAGACUAUGGUCUGUGGUUGUCUGGCAGACAAUUCAUUAAACACGCAGACCAGGCAUCUUAAAACACAAAAGAAAAAAAUAACUGCAAAUAUCUUUUCACUAAGUGAAAAGAAAGGCUGUAGCAAGUAGGCUUUUCCACUGUUCAAUUUUUUUUUUCUUUUUUUUUUUGUGGCAAAGGUCAAAGUGUAUACCUUUCCAUGAGGUACUGUGGAAUUCUGUAUAGAGAAUCUGCCCUGGGCCAGUGCUUACAUUUGUUUAAAAUGUGUACUAGCUAUAACUGGUACCUACCACUCUUAAAACAGACCCAGUAAAAUAAGUACUUGUCAGUUCAGCAGUUCUUAAAAACAAAUGACUUUAUGGAAGUAAGUCCGAAUAGCAAGAUGAGGCCUCACCAAAGAAGAAUUCUCGAGUGCACUUUCAACAAGUCUCGUGUGUUGAGAAUGAGACUUUGAGAUCCUUUUCACUCUGUAUUGCAUGGUUUCACUUCACUUGGAGAUGGAUAGAAAUAUAUUUUUUCCUAGUUCUAGAUUUGAAUUUUGGGCUCCCAAAGUUAUUCAGUAGUGAUUUACUAAACAAUUAGAUCUGUAUCUUACUUGUGAAAGGUAAUAUAAUUCACUAAGUACCAAAUUGUGUAGUUACAGAAUAACUAAUCGACUUUAUAGGUGAACAAAUAGAAUUUACUUACAUACUUGUGUAGUUUCACAGAUUGAUUCCCCUGAGUGGCAGUUAAGAACAGAAUACUAAUAUCACUAAUUUGUAGCAUACUGAAUCUUACUUAGUGAGAACACAUACCAAUGAGAGUCGAUAGGAAGAAUUUGAACUUGAUUAAAAGUCCCUAAAUGUAAAAGCUCUAGCUUAUUUACUGUGAACUCUGGCACUUUAAGAACACGAUUAAAAAUGAAAUUCUUCUGUCCUCUAACAAUUAUUUUUAUAGUGUGUCAUUUUCUUCCUCUCCCUCCCUCUCUCCUUUCCUUCCAUUACCUACUAUAUGGAACAGUUACCUCAGUGGCUUUGAUUUUAUUUUCCUUCUUUCUGUACUUGGUUUUGUGUGGCUAUUUAAGUGCAUGCUUAUUUUAAUUUCAUCCUUACAUCAUUAAGGUACUUCUUCAUUUCUGGAAUUUUCUUUUUCACUGACAUCUUUAAAUGGUGUUGAAUCAUGGCAAGCCAUUUGGUGUUGGCUUAGAGGAUAUAGACUAUGUCGAGGAGGUUAUUGCCCAAGUCAGAAUUUGUACCAUGGAACUUUAAUAAGACCCUCUGGCAGUGGUUGAAGAGAAGGUAGGGCUUCAUUACAUAGUGACUAAGACUAACAUUUUGCUCAUUUUCACAUCAGAACCCUAAUUUGAGGCUUAUAUUUCUAUUUAUUGAGGAGUUAUAUAUAUUUCCAAGAAUUCCAGCAGUACAUUAUAAUUUAAAUGAUCCAGUCUGAUACCAAGUUGCAUAGUGUUUCCUACUUACAGAUCACUUCAUUCUAGUUUAAGCAAGUUCCAGAUUGAAACACAUCGCAAAUGCUUUAGACACAUUAGUGGAGGACAAUUUCCUCGACUUCAUUAUCCCUAGCUUCAGCUUCAUUCCCAUCUCUCUUUUUCCCAACAGAAUAUAUUACUUUCCCACCAAAAACAAACUAGGUCUCUAGCCUUUUCAGUGUUGUACUUCAUGAGAAAUUAAUCUGAAUUGCAAGACACAAAUGCAUUUGCAGUUUGUGGAAUAACAGAGACCUCAUGUGGCCAACUGGAUAAAUUCAAACGCAUUACUCUAUUCAAUCAAAGGGCUUCAAGAUCCGGGUACCUAGCUCUGCUACAGAGAAUGCACAUUAGUAACCGUGAAUGCGGUCACCUUUGUAGGCCUGGUUUUCAUUUAUACUGAGACGAAUGUGUCCGUCCCUAAUAAAUGAAAAGAUGAUGGGAAACUUGAGAAACUUGAUUCACUGGCUUAUCAUAGGCUUGUCAGGUUCAGAGCUUGAUGAUUUUGUUACGAUUGUAAAGCUGAAUAAAGGUGAAAUGUGUAUGUUGAAUAAAAUGUUUUGUCCUUGUA